CUGGUUCCACAUACCUCGACCAAGGCAAAGACGUUGCCACUGUCUUUGUGGAAUCUUGGAGCUGUAGCAUGCAAAGUGACAUCUGCUGAGUAGUCCAAUCAGCAACGUCAGAAUAUGGAGAGGAAGCACUUGGGGCGCCCCCGACUGUGUCCCUCGGCUCCUCCCUUAUGUGUGGAGGCAGAAACAGCCCAGGACGUCAGCACCCGCUGUUCCGAGGCUUUGUGGAUCCAGUUCUCCCUCUGUGUUCAGUCCCUGUCUCCCAGGACUGGAGACAGGUUGGAUCCGACACUUCUUUUUUUGGAGCAUCCUCCAGAGCAACUCCAGGGGACCCCAGGAAUAUCAGAUGCUCCAUCCAUCUCCCCAAUUCUUGCUGAGACCCGCUGGGACUCAGUGUCGCUCAGUGGCCCAGGGGCUCCAGGCUUACCUGGUGGGGGCGCUGAUGUCUCCCCAAACAGCAAAGCUGUGUAACUUCACCUUCAAGGCUCUGGUCGUUAGAGGUUUAUUGUCUUUUCAGACUGAGCUGCCUUCAAGAUCUCAGAUCAUUUCAGUUUAAAGGCUGAUGCUCUAAGUGGACAAAGGCAGGCGGUUACAUAACAGGAAAUGGCAGAAACUGAAGAUUUUCUGGUUCGGGAGCUACAUCCAGUGGAUGAUGACAUAUUUAAAGAACCAAUGAGAAAGAGACGACGAUCCGAUCGAGACCAGAGGUUUCGAGCCUUUCCCUCCGUGGAACAAAGCGCCCUCAAGGAAUAUGAAAAACUGGAGUCUCGGACCAGAAGAGUUUUGAGCAACACUUACCAGAAGCUUAUUCAGUCCGUGUUCCUGGAUGACAGCAUCCCCAACAGCGUCAAGUACCUCAUAAACCGGCUUCUUGCUUUGAUUGAAAAACCAUCAUUGGACCCCAUCUACAUUGGAUUAUUCGGAAGCACUGGGGCGGGGAAGAGCUCCCUGAUCAAUGCCAUCAUCCAGCAAGCCAUGUUGCUACCUGUGUCUGGAGAAAGUAUAUGUACGUCAUGUAUCGUUCAAGUGAGCUCAGGCUGCUGUGAGCAGUAUGAGGCCAGAAUCCAUCUUCUCUCCGACCAGGAGUGGAAGGAGGAGCUGAAGAACCUGACGACACUCCUGCACAGGACGGAGGAGCUGGGCGGGGAAGAGGAGGAUGCCUGGGACAGGGGCGAUGCGGUGGAGGAAGCUGUUUGGAAGCUGCAGAUGUUUUAUGGAAACGGAGCGGAAGGAAAGAGCUACGAGGAGUUACUAAGGGCCAAGCCCAGAGGAAAGAUUCCCACCUCCAGAGUCAUCUCCCUCAAGGCAGAAGAGGCAGAGGAGCUGUCUGUCAAGCUGGACCCCUACAUCCGGACCCAGAGGAGAGACUGGGAUGGAGGAUCCGCUGAGACACACAUCUGGCCCUUGAUCAAACUGGUGGAAGUGACCCUUCCCAAAUCAGAGCUGAUUCCAGAAGGGGUUGUGCUGGUGGACAUUCCAGGCACAGGCGACUUCAACAGCAAGAGGGACGAGAUGUGGAAAAAGACCAUCGACAAGUGCUCCGUGAUCUGGGUGAUCAGUGACAUUGAGAGGAUUUCCGGAGGGAGAGCCCACGAGGACCUUCUGAACGAGAGCAUGAAAGCCUGCCAAAGAGGGUUCUGCAGGGACCUGGCCCUGGUGGUCACCAAGACCGACAAGCUCCACCUGCCGGAAUAUCUAAGGGAAAGAAAAGUGGGAAAUCAAGCUAUUCAGAGCCAGCGAGAAGCUGUUUUAGAAAGAAAUGAAAUGAUAAAGCUACAGAGGAAUAAAAUUCUCAAGGAUAAAUUAAAGAGAAAACUGCCAGCUGACUCCAGGGUUCUGGAAGCCUCUGAGCUGGUGUACACGGUCAGCGCCCAGGAGUACUGGCAGCGGGCGCUGCUCACCGAGGAGGAAACUGAAAUCCCCAAGUUAAGAGAAUAUAUCAGGAGAAGGCUCUUGGAUAAGAAGAAGAGGAUGGUGACCAAGUACGUCACUGAAGCUUUUGGCCUGUUGCUCCUCACAGACAGUUUCAGCUGCACGGACCACCUGCAGAAUGAACACUUGCACAUGAGUGGCCUGCGGAGAUUUGUGGAAGAGAAGAUACAGUUGCUGGAGAAGGCCAUUGACCACUGCUUUGCCCACAUAGCGCAGCCCCUGCAAGAAGGGAUCUGGAAUGCCAGGAGUUCCUACCGACGCAUCCUUGGGGCGUGUCUGGUGAGGAGCAGAGGAAACCAGGGCUUUCACCAGACUCUGAAAGCGGUUUGCCUGAAAAACGGCAUCUGUGCCUCCAGGACUUUUGCGAGAAUUGAUCUGAAUGAAGCCCUCACACAGCCCAUCUACGAACAGAUUGAUCCCGUUUUUGGGUGCAUUUUUAGUAGGUCUGGGAAGCCCACUGAUGGCUCAGCUCUGAUCCCCCACAUAGAUGCUUUUAAGCUCUCUCUGCAGGAGAAGAUGACUGAAAUUGGGAUAAGAAAUGGCUGGAAAUAUGACAGCUAUAAAAAGAGUUUCCUGAUCCAGGAGAUAAGUGCCAUCCUGGGAGGCCUGGAGGGACACAUCCUCAGAAAGAAGAGGAAGAUUUAUGAAUCUCUCACCACCUCUGUUCAGAACGACCUGAAGCCCUGUUACGAAGAGGCCGCACAGAUCACGGGCAAAAAAGCAUGUGAAAGAAUGAAAGAUGUCCUCAGAAGAGGGGUGGACCGGCAGGUGGCCGAGGGCAUGUUCGAACGGGCUCAAGAAAGGAUGCAGCACCAGUUUCAGCAGCUGAAGAAUGGAAUCACGGAGAAGGUGAAGGGCAGCAUUGCUACCAUGCUGACCCUGGCUUCGUCCCCAGGGGAUGGGCUCUACAAGGAGCUUGCAGGUGCCCACGAUCAUCAGAUAAGCCUUAAGAUGUCAAAAGUGAAUACAAGGAGAUGGAGAAGCUGCACAGAAGCCUGAGAGAGGUUGCUGAGAACGCAGUGCUGCGGAGGGGCAUGCAAGACUUCCUUCUGAGAAUGUCCCCCAGCAAAGCCGGCCCCCCAAAAACAUAAGAUUUAAUUCUUGGGGCUUAGCCCCAAGGGGAUGGAAUACAAGCCUAGAGACAAUCAGAUGUACUUCUGUUGGUUAAAACCUAAUAAAGAACAUCUCCCAACCUUGGGAACUUUAUAGACAAUAGAAAAUCCAUAUAUGGUUACUCUUGGUAUAAAUUGAGUACAGAACACAUCAUUUUUAUUCUAUUGUCAAUGAAACCCUCAGAAAGUUCUAAAGUUUUAGGGAUGAGAAACUUGUGCCUCACUGAAGAAAAAUACCUAAAGACUGAAAAACUUAUAUGUGGAAUUGAAAAUAUGACACACAUGCACUUAUUUACAAAACAGAAAGAAACUCACAGACAUCAAAAACAAACUUCAUCAAAAAUAAACUUAUGGUUACCAAAGAGGAAAUGGGGUAAAGAGGGAUAAAUUGGGAAUUUGAGAUUAGCAGAUACAAAAUACUAUAUGUAAAAUAGAUAAACAACAAGGUCCUACUAUAUGGCACAGGGAACUAUAUUCAAUAUCCUGUAGUAAACCCUAAUGGAAAAGAAUAUGAAAAAGAAUAUACACAUAUACACAUGUAUGUGUGUGCAUAUUUAUUAUAUAUGUUUAUGUAUACCUAUAUAUGUAUACAAUAUGUUUGUACAUAUAUCUGAUUCACUUUGCUGUACAACAGAAACUAUCAUGACAG